AUGAGAGCCAGCACUUCUCCAGGGCGCGCGUACCCGCUAAGCUUAUCAAGGAUCACAGCACGGCCCUUUCUCCCGUUCAUGGCCGUCACUGAGAGGUCUUUCCACGUCAGAAAUACCUCCGUAGUACCGGCCUCUACAUUGUCCACCACCCCACUGGCCGGCGGCGAAGCCUUCGAUGGGUCGGAGUCAGAGAGACAACGUGGGAAGAAGAUGGGGCUUGACGGCCACGCCGACCAGCCACGCCAUGAAACCAUGGCGGUGCUCGACGUCGUCGACCGGAGUGGCUUGGUAGGGCUCGGCGUCGGAGCCCAUCUCGGCAGUGGUGACGCUGUCUAA